UUUCUAUGUAAGAAUUUGGCACUCUAAGUAUACAAUUAUUCAUAUGCAUGCAAAAUAUUGCCUUGUUAACUUAUAUUUUCUUGAUAAAUAUAAACUGAUUAAUAGUUCAAUUAUCCCCAGUUUGCAUAAAAACUGUUCCGUCCAAGAAAGGAUUUUUUUAAUUCACUGGGAAUAAAAUUAAUAAUUUGACGUCAAAAAGAAAGAAGUUGACCAGUGGAAAAUACAUACUUCUUUCUCACACAUUCAUUGCAUGGCAGGUGAAAUAGAGAUGAUGGAUGCUAAAACUGAAAACAACAAAGAGAUUGACAAACAAAUGAAUUCAAGUGAGAUACAAAAUCAAAUAAGUUUAGAAUCGGAUCAGAAAUCUGGUGAACAACCGAUUUCAAAUCCAUCGACAUGUGAAACAAUGGAGGGAGAAGUCGAAUACGUUGUUGGUGAUAAUGCCGGUGAAGGUGAUGAUGAUGAUAUCGAAGGUGAAGGUGAAGAAGAAAUCAUUACAUCAGCAAUGCCACCCACACAAAUUGUUGACACUAUCGUUACAACCACAACUAAUCCAGACGGUAGCCUAAAACGUACAACAAGAAAAACAACACGUACUGUGUUAACUACAGCAAGAAUACGUAAAAUCAAAGUCAAAAAUCUACCCUCUGAUGGUGAAUCAACUAAAUCUUCAUCCAUGUCAACAAACAACGAUUUAAACAUGUCGAAUGUAAUUAACUUUACAAAACUGAAUUCAGAGAAGUCCGAAGGCAAAUCACUUGCUCAAGCUACAUUGGCUAUUAUUCCCCCACAAACUGAAGUCACCUAUCAAGAGAAUGUUAAGUCUAUCAGUGAUAUUGAUGCAGACACUGCGGCAAAACUACAACAGUCUACCUCGAAUGAAAAUUCAUCUGAUAAUGUGACACCACAAAAGGCGAUUACAAAAACGACGAUGAAGAAAACCGUCAGUGCAACAGCUGCUACUGCAACUUUUUAUGCUACUGGCAAGGAUGCCAUGAGUCCAAGAUUAUUCACAACUACCGGGGCUACAAAUGAAAUGUUAUUUAACAGUUGCAAUAGUUCUCCUUUAUUAUCUACAAAUGAUGGCAAUAAAGGAUUAACAAAAUCAACUAUAAAAAUUGCAGCUUUCAAGCGAACAAGCAAUACAUCACCGACAAAACGUAAAGCACGUGAUUCCCUAACAACAUCCGCUUCCACGACGACUACAACCACGACAACAACACUCGGUGCAUCGUCAACUACAACAACAACUACUACGAGGAAACAAACCACAAGAGUUAUGAAUAAUUUUGCCAGUAAAGGAUUCUUCUUUACAUUCAAAAAGCCUUUCGGAUUUUUUGGUAGAGAAAUUCGAGGAGAUAUUGAAGAUAAUCAAAAUAAUGCUAGUAUUGGUUCAAACAAUACUGACAUUGUGGAUACUGAACAACUUGCAUUGUUGACGAUGAAAGAAUCAGAACGUCUAUUCUCUCAGGCCAAACUAAUGUUUCCAUCAAAUCAGAAUUUGUCAUCAGAUGUAACUAUACAAAGUAGUUCAAGUGGGAAGAAUGAAGAUGGUCUUGUACAAGGAUAUCAGUCACGAUUUGCAAAUCUUCCACUUUAUCAAGGCUAUGGAAUAAUUGCGCAUCAAAUGGCUCUUUCAAAUAAGGUGAAAACAACUAAAAGAACUGAUGGAGACAGUGGCAUAAAACAUCAAGACGACGAAGAAGAUAAAAAGAAAUCUGUCGAUGUCAUCAGUGAUACAGUGGAUAUAAAACAACAAGUUACCGAUCAGACUGGAGCUGAUAUGAGCUUAGUUGCAAAUGCUUUUGCCCAUUUGUUAGACGAGUCAAUUUUGAAGUUUUUAUGUGAAGCAACAAGUCAACAACUUGGACGAUCAGGUCCUUUAAAUUUGUUUGAAUUACCAGCAUAUAUUGAAGGUCUACCACAGAAUAAACAACUUGUUUAUUCUGAUUCAACAGAUGAGGGAAUAGCACAGCCAGGAGACAACUUCAAUAAAUCAUUGGCUCUUCCCAGUACAGAACAGUUCGAUGAUAAAACAGAUGAGAAAAUUAAAGAGGGUGAACAGAAUCGACCACAACAGUUGACUGAUUCUACAGGAACUCAGAUAGGUCAAACUUUAGGGCAAAAAACUAGUAGAUUUGGUGGUGGAAGUCAAGGAGCUUUUCGAGUUGCAUGGUCGGAAAUGCCUGAGGUUGUUGAAAGUAAUUGCCUUCAACGUUUAACAAGACAUGAAAUACAACUACAGGAGGCCAUGUUCGAAGUGAUUACAUCUGAAGCAUCGUAUUAUCAAAGUUUAAAUGUUCUAGUAAAUCAUUUUUAUCAUGCUCCUGAAUUCGAAUGUGAACCGCUGAGUCACACAAGUAGUUUUCAGUCAAAUCAACCACCUAGUAAAAUGUUCAAAGAACCAGGUUCCCCAUUGCCAGGACAACCUGACCUAGCGAAUAAUCAGACAACAGUUGACAUGAAUACACCACCAACAAACGCAACAACCACAACACCUGGAAGUGGAAUGACUACGAAUAACAACAAUAACAAUGUCAGUAAUGCUACAACUCCCACUUGUACUACUGCUACUACUAAUACCUGUGGUAAUAAUGUCGGUUCUACAGAUACCUGUGUAGACGCUGGCAACCAAACGCCCGCAAGCAGUAACACACGUCGUCCACUGCUCAAACCAUUGGAAAAGCAUCAUCUCUUUUCAAAUGUGUUACUUGUAUGUUUAGCCAGUGAAAUGUUUUUGCGUGAUCUGGAGGCAAGAUGGGAGGCAAGAAUGCCAAUUUUAAAUGAAGUCUGCGAUUUAAUUGUAAAACAUGCUGGUGGUGUCAAUUUUGAACCAUAUAUUACUUACCUAAGAAAUCAAACCUAUCAGAUGGAUACACUUCGCACAUUAUGCCAACGUGAAAGCUUUCGUGAAGCAUUAGAAAGACUGCAUUCACAUCCAAGAAGUGGAAAAAACUUGAUCACAUCAUUUUUAGCACUACCAAUGCAACGUUUAACACGCUUGAAAUUAUUGGUUGAAGUUAUUCGACGUCUACAAGAUGCUGUUAUUCGUGAUUCUAUGGAUAAAACACUGGAAAAACGACCUUUUCGUGUACCAAGUGAUAGAGAACGUGAAAAUGUACAACUCGCCCUUCGAGAAUUGAAUAGGCUUUUGACUGCAAGCGAGACUGAGAAGGAACUUAUGGAUCGAAAAUCUCGACUUUUGACAUUAUCUUCCUCUCUUGAAUUCCCGGACAAUGUUAAGCGCAUAGCAAUUAGUGAUAAACGUCUUAUUAAAGAAGGUGAAUUACGCGAAUGCUUAUCAGACAGUGGACGAUUAUCUGUAUUACAGAAAUUGGCUAUUCGUAAACCAAAUAUCUUUUAUCUAAUAUUAUUUAAUGAUUUAUUAUUGGUUACAAGAAAGAAAAAAAAUGAACGUUUUCAAGUCCUGGAUUACUGUGACCGGGCCUCAGUGCAAGCAUUUGUCCAGCGUAAUGGUGAUUUGAUUGGUACUAGUACAAAUCUCUUGAAAAACCCAAAAAAUUCAAUAUCUGCUGAACCACUGUGCAUUAUAGAACCGUGUUUAGAUGAUCUACGCGUCAGUACACGCAAAACAAAACAUCAUCUUUCUCCAGACACAGAUGAUGCCGGCAGUAAUGUGAAGCAUUCAUCUAAGGAUAAGCGUCACAGACGUUAUAAAACAACAACUGAAUUCGAAAAUUUGAAAGCUUCAAACAAUGAUUCUGCUAUUAGCACUGAUAAUUAUCAAAGAGAUUCUAGUAGAGUUCAAAGUGACAUUAUUACAAGUGAAGUUAAUGUAGAAAAUAAUGAAGAUGAAACUACUUCUCUGCCUGCUUCUCCCGCAGCUGCCACUACCGUCACCGACACUGACAAUACUAUCACUGUGAUUGCUACAACUGCUGCUGCUACCACUGCGAUUACUGCUGUUUCACCAGUUUCACCUGCAGUAAGUACUAACACGGUUACUUCAACGAAAAAAAUCAAUCUCUCUCGAUCUGGAAGCAGUUUAAGUGGUUAUCAUUUACGCUUCAAUCAUGAACGAAUUAGAAAUAUCAAAUCGACUAUAUUCAGUACAUCACAGCCAAGUGCAAACGCCUUAGUCACUUGCAAAACUGGAACAAUACAUUUAAAGCUACUUGGUAGUCAUAAUGGAACUUGUAUGGAGCUGAUACUCCUACCUAAAGACAACCGAGAAUUCGAAAGUUGGUGUAAGGCAUUCUCUGUGUCUCUUGAUAGUCCAUACUGAACCAAUUCAGCAUACGUAAACAUUGUUCCGACAAUUUUGUUCUGAUUAAUUAAUUCAUUCAGUCAUUCAGCAAUCAUCACUGAGUAUUAAAUAGCUGAACAUCUAUACAUAUAUAUACACACACACAUAAGUUUCACUUGUACAAAGCGUUCAAAUUAAAAUGUAUUCGUUUUGUAUAAUGUCCAUGUUACCACUUUUCAAAUUUAUUAUGAUUUUGUUUCGCUUCUAUAAAAUAAAGUAUGACCGAUCUAAUUACAAUUUUGGAUUAAAAUAAACGAUAGCAUAGGAGAAAUAAUAUUGGACUGUACAUUAUACAGCUUCCUUUCACUAAUCUUUAACCUAAUCAAAUGACUGAGAAGUAUAAAAUUAAAUAUUCAUAUUAUCACUAAUACUACUGUUGUAGUAAUGGUAGUAGUAUGUGUUGAGACAUUUGUAUCUUCUUCAUCGCUAUAAGCACUUAUUCAUAAUGAAGCUCAAUAUUGGUUAUCUUUGAAACAAAUGAUGGGUGAUCAAUCUACUUACAAAUAUACACAUUCUGAUGUCUCCUCGAUUUUCUUUCUUCUUCGAUUGCUUCAGUUCAUGGAAUGGCUUAUACAGACAGACACAGUGUGUUUGCAUGGACUGUUCACUGAUGAUGAUAUUCACGUACACUGAAAUUAUUAGAAAUCACAUGAGAUACAUUUCGAAUUCACGUAAGCUAAAGAAUAAAAUAGAAGAUGGAACAAAUGAAAAACUCCAAAAAAUGCAUUAAAGGAAAAAAAAAUCUUGCUAAUGAUAUGUUUCAUACCACAAUAUUAUAGACAGGUGAUGUAGGGUAAUUAUCUUGUUUUCUAACGAUAUAUAUAAAUAAAUAUGUACAUGAAAUAAACUCACUUUCUUCUAUCAAAUUUACGUUGUCUAGUAAAAAAAAAGCUUUCAGUGCCUACUUAAAUCAUACAUCAAUAACUGAAUGCAUAUUUUAAGCCAGAAGUGAAGAAAUAUCCUAUAGCCUGUCUGUUCCAAUGGAUUGCGUAACAUUUAUGCUUCGUCUUUGUCAGUAACGUUUUUUUGUUAAGUAAGAGGCACACAUCACCUAUCCAUCCUGCAUAAAUUGAUACAUACACAAGACAAACGCACACUGUAAAACAGCUGACACCACCAAAACUACUCUCUCACCCAUUUUCUUUUCUUUUUUUUCACCUACUUCGAAUUCGUGUAAACUUCAUUGUUAAAAUAGAACACUUCAUAUCGGAGAAUGCUGUUUUACUGCAUUUACACAAAUGACACUAUAUUAGCACAGUGUUUCCCACAGUCCUACUCUAGUCUGUCGUCUCAGUUAUACUUUGUGUAAAAACAAAUUAAUUCUAAUUAAAAUGAACAAUACAUUUAUAUAUGUAUAUGAGUACUUGCUUCUUUAUCUUUUUAUUUUGGUGUUUCUAUUUUGUGUUUCCGUUUCGCCUAUUCAUCUCGUUGAGUGUUCAUCUGUCACUGUUCUAUAGGAAGGAAGAAUAAGGCGAAAUAAAAGACCUAUUUACUUCUCCUGUGGGUUUUUGUUUUCUGAUAACUUCAUUGCACGUUUUGUUCACAUUUCAUAUUUUCAAAAAAUAAGCACUAUCACUAAAGCCGAAAACAAAGAACUCUUCCUGGAAGUAAUACUUAUUUAUUAUGUACUACAUAAUAAACUCUUUUUAAAAGAACAAACAAUAAAAUUUGAUCCAAAAUUAAAUGAUAUAAUUCAUUAAUAGUCAUGUUAUUGUUCAUAUACAUAUUUAUUAAAACAGAAAGUUAAUAAUAUAAAUAAAAUGAUGUAGAAAAUAUA